UGUCAGUGCGUGUCCGUGCGUCUGUGUGUGUGCGCGCGUGUGUCGCGCUGCCGCCGGGCCACCGCGAGGCCGCCGAGCGCGGGGUGCCCAGGCCCGAGCCCCCGGUGCCCGCAGCGGCGAUGGGGGCGCCGGCGCGGCUGCUGCGCGCCGUGAUCAUGGGGGCGCCCGGCUCGGGCAAGGGCACCGUGUCGUCGCGCAUCACCCAGCACUUCGCGCUGAAGCACCUCUCCAGCGGGGACCUGCUGCGGGACAACAUGCUGCGGGGCACAGAAAUUGGCGUGCUGGCCAAGACCUUCAUUGACCAAGGCAAGCUCAUCCCCGACGAUGUCAUGUCCCGGCUGGUACUUCAUGAGCUGAAAAAUCUCACCCAGUGUAACUGGCUCUUGGAUGGUUUUCCAAGGACACUUCCACAGGCAGAAGCACUGGACAAAGCCUACCAGAUAGACACAGUGAUUAAUCUGAACGUGCCCUUUGAAGUAAUUAAGCAGCGCCUCACUGCUCGCUGGAUUCAUCCGAAGAGUGGCAGAGUCUACAACAUGGAUUUCAACCCUCCCAAGACUGUGGGCAUUGAUGAUGUGACUGGAGAACCUCUUAUCCAGCGGGAGGAUGAUCGGCCAGAAACAGUGAUUAAGAGACUGAAGACCUAUGAAGCCGAAACACAGCCAGUCCUGGAAUACUACCAGAAAAAAGGAGUGUUGGAAGUAUUCACCGGAACAGAAACCAACAAGAUCUGGCCCUAUGUAUAUGCUUUCCUACAAACAAAAGUUCCACAAAUCAGUCACAAAGAGUCAGUUACUCCAUGAGGAAAUAUACCGAUAGAUAGUAAGAUGAGAAGCUUCUUUUCCUUCUCUCUUUAGAAACUUCUUGCCCUCAGAUUCCGGCAAGUAUGAAUUCUUAAAAAAUUUAAUUCAUUUCUGAUGAUUUAUUCUGGAAAUAAAAGAUGUGCCAAAGGAGUCAAGAUACUCAGAUCGAUAUUUUUGAAUCGACGACUGUCUUUUAUACAAUUAUCACCUGCUGAUGUACAGUUCACGAACAUCAGUGAUGUUUAAACUUUCGAAGACCAACAGAGAUGGUUUUCCAACUACUGCUUAGCAAGUGAUUGACAGAUAUUCUUUAUUUUUCUUGGGAAGGUAAAAAAAUUCAUGUCAUUUGGGGGAAAGUAUCUCAUUGGAGGCUCUUGUGUAGUUUUAUGCCAAAAUCGGUAUUUCUAGCACUGUGGUACCAUUUUUUUUAGAUGUUAUAUCUAUAAAAUUCCAGGAAAAAGCAACAGUAUUUCCACAUCAGUUCCAGGAUGCAAAUUCACUGCUGCCUUUACACUAAGAAACGUACAGUAUAUGCUGUAUCUGUUUUGUUAUGAUGCAUACCUUCAGCUUAGAAUUUUCAAUUUGCUAUAAAAUGUUAUAUUAAGAAUCAUUACUUUCACAUGACUUUUGGAAAUGCCUGUGUACUGAUGUAUUAUAUUUAAUGUGUACACAUGACUUGUUAGAAAUUGAUAAUAUAAGUUCAUGCAAGAGCACCAAAUAUGAAUUUUCAUUGGAAAAUGUACUUGAAAUCAUAAGUUUCAUAAGCUUAUGUUACUUAUGCUACUUAUGUUAAGAAAUGUGUGCACUGGGUUCUGCCUGUCAGUUUUUCUUUUUGCUUAAGAUGUGUGAUUUGCCUUGAUGAGUGACAGAGUACAAG